AUGGCGAAUGGUAAUUCAAGCUCCUACACCACAGGGAUGGAGGGAACGAAAAGAUCAGAAGAGAUUUGCCUUAAAUUUCCUCCCAACGUCAUCUCUCCAGGGUUGGCUGCAUUGCUAGCUCAAAAAGAUAAGCAUGAAAAGUUGAUGGACUAUUCUGGGCCGAGGCUUCAUUUCCAGAUGGUUGUCAUUUUUGUUCUCACUCAAACAAUUCAUAGUCUGCUAAAAAAAUUGGGACUUCCAUUGUUCAUCUCCCAGCUUCUCGCAGGGAUAUUACUCAGUCCUAUGGUUUUCAGUGAUCAACAUUCUUUGGUUAACAUAUCAGAGGAGAGUGUUUCAGUUCUGGGGACAGUGGGAGCCUUUGGUUUUGUGUUCUUUUUGUUUUUAAGUGGGGUGAAAAUGGACCUUAGCUUAACACUGAAAUCUGGAAAGAAGGCCAUAUGUAUUGGUUUGCUUACGGUGGUGGUACCUCUGGUAUCUUGUAUGACAACAAUUAAGUUGCUUCACGAAGAAGGCAAUGAGUUUUCAAACAAAAGUUUCUUUCUCGCAGUAACAUAUUCUGGAACUUCAUUCCCAGUCAUACAUUGCCUUCUCAGUGACCUGAAAAUCUUGAACUCGGAACUCGGCAGGCUUGGAUUAUCAGCAGCACUUAUAGGUGACAUGCUGACACUAUUUCUUACGGUGUUUAGCCUAUGGGUGAAAACAGGAUUUGAAAAAGGAAGAAAAGAGGCUCUAAUUGAUUUUGGACUAGCUAUGCUCUUUAUUGUAAUCGUGGUGUUUGUGUUGCGACCAGCGAUGAAAUGGAUGGUGAAACGCACGCCAGAGGCUGGCCAAAUCAAAGAUAUAUGCUUUUAUCUUGUCAUUUUGGCAUUCAUGAUGUCACCUAGGUUCACUGACCUAUUUCGUAUAUAUUUUCUAUACGGUCCAUUUAUUUUUGGUUUGGCUGUCCCAGAUGGACCCCCUUUGGGAUCUGCUUUGGUCGAAAAGUUAGACCCCGUUAUUUCAGGAUUGUUUUUGCCUAUAUUUGCUACAACUUGUGGCCUGAGGUUUGAUCUGUCUUACUUUAAGAACUCAAACUUAUUUGCAUAUCACCAAGUCCUUGGAGCUAUGGUAGCACUUAUUAUUAAAUUUGGGGUCUCUCUACUAGUGCCCUUAUUAUGCAAGAUGCCCACAAGGGAUUCUUUGGCACUUGCAUUUAUAAUGAUAUCCAAAGGCAUUGUUGAGAUGGGUUCUUACAGCAUCAUGAAUGACAACAGAGUUAUAUCAGAAGAUAUAUUUGCUCACAUGACUAUUGUGAUCAUUUUGGUUGCAAGCAUCGUGCCAAUACUUGUGAAAAGGCUUUACGAUCCAUCUAGGAAGUAUUUAUGCUUCCAGAAAAGGACAAUCAUGAACUCUAGGCUCAACCAGGAGCUUCGAUUGAUCGUUUGCGUUCACGUGCCGGGUAAUGUCAAUUCUAUUAUUAACCAAUUGAAUGCCUCCUGUCCAACUAGAGAAAGCUCCAUUGCUUUGGAUGUCCUUCACCUUAUCAAGCUCAGUGGACAAGCCACACCACUUUUCAUUACUCAUGAUAAGCAGAAGAAAACACUGUCCAGCAAAUCAUACUCCGAGAAUGUCGUGGUCUCUUUCGAACAAUUUGAACGGGACAAUUGGGGAGCUGUAUCAGUGACCGUUUUCACAGCAGUCUCUCCGCCAAAUUUGAUGUACGAGGAUAUAUGCAACCUCGCCAUGGACCGCCUCACAUCCUUUAUACUACUUCCAUUUCAUCGGAGGUGGUACAUUGACGGGAGCAUUGAAUCAGAAGAUCAAACUGUAAGAACCCUGAACUUCGAUAUCCUUGAAAAGGCGCCUUGCUCGGUAGGGAUCCUUGUUGAAGGACGCCGCAAUCUAAAAGGCUCAGGUAUUAGAGAUCCAUUAUCAUCAGAUAACUCCUCAUUCUACAACAUUGCUGUGAUCUUCCUGGGGGGUCAAGAUGAUAGGGAGGCUUUAGCGUUAGCUAAACGCAUUUCCCAGGACAAAAGUGUUCGCCUCACCGUAAUCCAUCUCAAAGCCGCGAAUAGCUUAGGCGUCAUCUUAACGGAGAAUGAUCGAAUGCUUGAUAGUGCGGUGUUGAACGAUGUCAAACAAAGUGUAUGCUUCACAUACAUUGAAGAACAUGUAAAUGAUGGACCGGAAACUUCAAAUUUUCUCCAAUCCAUUGUGGAAGACUACCAACUUAUCAUUGUUGGGAGACGAUACAAGACUGAAGAUCCUCAAACCUUAGGUUUACAAGAAUGGUGUGAAUUUCAAGAGAUUGGGAUUAUUGGAGACCUACUCUCAUCUGCAGAUUUUAUUCGCAAUUAUUCUCUGUUGAUUGUGCAACAACAGCAACAAAGGACUGUUUAA